GUCGGUGACAAUCAGGAGAUCAUAUAGAUUUGAGGUUCCUUCCUCUCUUUAAGCAGUACCCCAGCCCCCGGAGAGCUUCAGAGGGAGACAGAGAGAGCCAUGGUCUCUAGGGAGCACAAGAGGGCUUCUCUGCAUGACAAGCUGCAGCUCCUUCGUUCGAUUACGAACUCUCAUGCACUAAGUAAAACAUCCAUCAUUAUAGAUGCAUCAAAAUACAUCGAGGAGCUGAAGCAGAAAGUUGAAAGAUUGAAUGAAGAGAUUGCAUGUGCAAGGAAUGCUGUUGAAGAAAACCCUAUGCCUAUGGUCACAGUUGAAACCCUAAAAAAGGGUUUCCUCAUCAACGUGUUCUCAGAGAAGAGAUGCCCAGGAUUGCUUGUCUCUAUUCUGGAGGCCUUUGAGGAGUUGGGUCUCAGUGUCCUGGAAGCCAGGGCUUCUUGCACUGACACGUUCCGUCUGGAGGCAGUUGGUGGAGAAAAUCAAACUGAAAGACUUGAUGCGCAAGUGGUGAAACAAGCAGUGUUGCAAGCCAUCAAGAGUUGCUCUGAGGGUAGCGAACAAGAGUAAUUAUAGACGAACAUCCAGCGCAAGCUUUGACUCUUAGAUCCUUUCCUUUGGCAUUUUGUUAUGGGCUGCAGAAGCUCUUCAAUGAAGGAAGACUAUUCUAUGUAUAAUUAUAAUCAAAUGGCUUCUGAAGAUUAUGAGAUA